CCAGUCACUUGGCUUCAUUGCUGUCGCCGAUUGUUAUUGGUUCUCGUUUAGUUGGGACUCAGUUGGGAGGGUUCAGUCACUCAUUGAACGCCUUGCAGCGCGAAUCGUCGUCGUUGCCUCUCGGAACCUUUAGAACCAACAAACCGGAAAAUAGUGCUAGGAAUCCGGGUCAAUAUGACGGCAAGCAAGCAACAAGAGGCCGAGGCCGAACACGAUCCCCAAGUGGUGGUCACCCCAGGAGAUGCCUCUCACAGCACUCCCAAGGAUCGGGGUCUUUGGCGGGAUCUGACGUCCUAUUGGAUCCUGGGUCUGUGCAACAACUAUGGAUAUGUGGUGAUGCUGAGUGCUGCCCACGAUAUUAUAAAGCAGUUUAAUCCGAAUGAUGAAUCUGAAGAAAGCUCGUCGGGUCGGAACUGUCACUUGGUGUCCACAGGAGCUAUUUUGCUGGCAGAUGUGUUGCCCUCCUUGUUUGUUAAGAUCCUAAUGCCCUUCUUUCCCUUUUGGGUCAACUUUCGCAUAGCUCUGGCAGUAGUAUUUUCAGCAGCAGGAUUCUUACUGGUUGGGUUUGCCAAUGCUGAAUGGAUGGCUCUUCUGGGAGUAAUCAUCACUUCAGCUAGCAGUGGAAUUGGAGAGACCACUUUCUUGGCCUAUUCGUCACGAUACAACAAGAAUGUGAUUUCCACUUGGUCAUCUGGAACUGGUGGUGCCGGAGUCAUCGGUUCCUUGAGCUAUGCCAGUUUAAGAUCCUUAGAUUUCAGUCCCAGAGAUACUAUGCUCAUUAUGCUGAUCUUUCCUGCGAUUGAGGCUUUCGCUUUCUGGCUCCUGUUGCGUCGCCCACAGGUUGAUAUUCUCCCAGUUACGACAGUUGAGUCCACGGAAGUCCUGAUCACCGAUGAGAAGCCGUUGGUUGGUUUCAAGGAGAAGUUCUUCUAUAUCAAACACCUCUUAAAGUAUAUGUUGCCCCUUUGCCUGGUGUAUUUCUUCGAGUACUUCAUCAAUCAGGGAUUGUUCGAAUUGGUUUACUUCGAGGACAUUUUCCUAGACAAGGACUCGCAGUAUCGCUGGCUUAAUGUAGACUACCAAAUCGGAGUCUUCAUCUCACGCUCCUCGGUGAACGUCUUCCAGCUGGAUAAGAUCUGGCUAAUGUCCAUCUUCCAGUUCGUCAACGUGGUAUACUUCCUUACCGAGGUCAUCUGGUGGUAUACACCAAGCAUCUGGAUCGUGUUUGCCAUCGUCUUGUGGGAAGGACUUUUGGGCGGUGGUGCCUACGUAAACACCUUCUAUCGGAUGUCGAAAGAGAUUUCACCAGAACGCCAGCAGUUCGCCAUGGCAAUGGUUGUCCAGUCGGAUUCUUAUGGCAUCGCUCUGGCCGGAUUCCUAGCCAUUCCCGUCCACAACGCAAUAUGUGGUCUUCCGGCGGCGUCGAGGAGCCUAAUUUGGUGAUCGAAAACAUGAUAAGGAUCAGGAUCAGAUUAUGCCUUUACUGUGUGCGUGUGUAGCUAAUUAAGCGUGUAUGUCUGUGCGUGUCCCGAUAGUAUUAAUCGCUUAAUCAUUAGACUCCCGGGAGCCCGGUGGAUAGUUAUAUAGUUAGUAUGCUUCUGUUCGACUACUCUAUAAGGUUUAGUUAAAUAAACAAAAGAAAAAAACGCUUUUUGCAUUAAA